CAGUUACUUAAACCACUUCAAAAACGGGUCUUCACAUAUAAAAAGAGUUGUACGACGUUUCUCGGUGUCCAAUUUAAGUAUCCACAACCACAAGUUUGAAAUUCGGUUUCCAUAGGCGGAAUUUGUGGGGGUAAUGAGUAUGAAAUACUUAAUUCUUGCUGUGGCCAUCAUUUUAGGAGAAAGUGUGACUUCUCACACCACACAAAAAAAAGAGAUCACUUCGCAGACUCGGAAUGGAAUAAACUUUUCGCUGACUUAUCUUGGGACAUUUAAUCAAAAAUUGUACUACAUUGAUAAUAUAGGGGCUAAUUAUGCCGAUGCUCGAUCCAACUGCCAAACUAUGGGGAUGAGGUUACUGAAGUUUGAGGCGAUUGAGGAACUUGCCUGGAUUGUUAACUCAGCUCCAAAUUCAGUCAACAUUUGGACGGACGGGAUGAGUCAUAUUGUGCCCGCGUCAUUCGAAUGGAAAACAACUGGAGCUAGGGUUUCGGACUCAGUGACCGUGGUAAAGGACCUUUAUUACGGGCUCCUGUUCAAACGCGGCACACAGGCUUUAACAGAAAGGGACCGGGGUGCCGUUAAUCCAUAUGUUUGCUACAUGAUUCUUUCCCAGGUACAACAGAUUCCUCAAGUCCCUCUGGGAACGUCCGAAAUCGAGGGAUUACCCAAUAUUGUUAUCACAUCCGUGGAUACUUUGGAUGAAAAUGUGGGACCUUUGCCAAAAUUAUCGUUCAUUGGAAGAUAUGGAAAAAAGUCGUUUUUCCUCGAGUCUGGUAUAAAGGCGAACCAACCAGAUGCACGAAGCAACUGCACUGCCAUAGGAAUGAAGCUAGCUACAAUCGACUCACAAGCGGAACUGGAGUGGAUCGUUUCUAUGACUAGUGAUUCAGAUCGUCCAAUAUGGACUGACGGUGUAAUUAAGGCUGAUCCAGGUUCAUACCGCUGGUUUUCUGAUAAUUCACCCCUGCUGAGUCAGUUGAGAAUUGGAUACAUCGCGAUUGGUUUGGAAAUUCGAAACGCAGCGGGAUUGUACAGUCGGAAUAAUGAAAGUUUCAGCCUCCGAAAUUACUUAUGCUAUGCUGAAACUUCAUAAAACUUUUGCAAAUCAGCUAAAGGAAUGUUUAAAGUAUAAUAAACUUAAAGUUUUCCAAAUUA